AAAAGUUUUUAUAUCAUGCUUCAAACUUUAAUAAAAGAGAUGGGGGUGUUAAUUUUGGCCGUUUUUCUCGGACUGUUUCCGUUUAAUUUGGCGCUUGACAAUGGUUUAGCGCUGACCCCGCCGAUGGGUUGGCUAACUUGGCAGAGAUUCAGAUGUAUAACGGAUUGUGAAAAAUAUCCGAAUGAAUGCAUAAGCGAAACUCUGAUAAAGCGUACCGCAGACAGAAUGGUAGACGAAGGCUUUCUAGAGGCAGGCUACAACUACGUAGGUAUCGAUGAUUGCUGGUUGGAGAAAGAGCGUGAUGCUCAAGGUCAUCUGGUGCCAGACAGGAAACGCUUCCCCAACGGCAUGAAAGCUAUCGCUGAUUAUCUUCAUGACAGAGGCUUUAAAUUUGCAUUAUACCAGGAUUAUGGUACUAAAACUUGUAUGGGCUACCCUGGCGUUCUGGGACACGAGGCAAGAGACAUACAAUCUUUUGUGAAUUGGGAUGUCGACUAUAUCAAAUUGGACGGAUGUUACGUAGAUAAAGCGAAAAUGGACGAAGGUUACCCUUAUUUUGGUAAAUUAUUGAACGAUUCCGGGCGACCAAUAGUUUACUCAUGCAGUUGGCCUGCCUAUCAAGAUAACCCGAACUACGCGUCUAUUGCCAAACAUUGCAACUUGUGGCGUAAUUGGGAUGAUAUCCAGGAUUCAUGGAGUUCACUCAGUACUAUUAUGACAUGGUUUGGUGAUCAUCAAGACGAAUUCACCAAAUAUGCUGGGCCUGGACGUUGGAACGAUCCUGAUAUGCUGUUAAUAGGUAACUUCGGUCUAUCGUUAGACCAAGCAAAGGUCCAAAUGGCGGUGUGGUCAAUAUUGGCGGCUCCGUUGCUAAUGAGCGUAGAUUUGGACACUAUCCGACCGGAGUUCAAGGAAGUGCUUCUCAAUCGAGAUAUAAUCGAUAUUGAUCAAGAUUCGUUCGGACGGCAGGGGUCGCGUGUGUGGAAUAAGUCUAAAUGUGAGAUUUGGAGGAGGAAGCUGUCAGAUGGAUCAUACGCAUUGGCCUUUGUGAACAGACGCGAUGACGGGGCGCCGUAUUCUAUUAAAGUAUCAUUUGAUUCUAUGAAAAUUCCAAACCAGGCGUAUGAAGUCAUAGAUCUCUAUAAAGAGGAAGAGGAACGCUCUUUUGGACCUGAAGGCGAAUUUGAAACAAGAGUAAAUCCGUCAGGUGUGAAGUUUUAUAAGUUCAUCCCGAAGAAAUCUAACGAGAUUAACAGAACGACGUGAGAUACGAUAAAGAUAAAAUGUAGUUCCAUUUCUUGAUAAUAGGAAAUAAAUAUGAUUUUACACA